AUGUCCCACCUCCCAACACCCCCCUCCACAACGCCCCACUCCCCACCCACCUCCUCCACUUCCUCAUCCUCCUCCAGCUCAUCCACAUCAAGUUCAGCAUCAAGACGCAGACAAGAGAGGGAAGAAGAAGCAGCAAAGCACGCGCAGGAAGCUUGGUCUGCGUCGUCGAGUUUUCAUUCGGUGUUUGGGAAGAAGGGGAUGAACCUGAGUAUUGGGAGCGUCAGUGCGCUGGAGGGGUCGUGGAGGGAUGGGGCGCCGCAGGCGCAGAGGGAGAGUACGGCUAUUGGACGGGGUGAGGAGGCGCCGGUCAUUCUGGGAAAGGAGCAAGAGAAGAAGGGUUUAGGGGUGGAUGAGACGGGGGACGAUGGGGAUUGCCUGGGAAGGGUAGAUCUGGAGGGUAGCAAAGGUAUCUCCCAAUCGAUGGCCAAGGAUGAAAGCCGAGAGUUGUUGGCUAUACAAGUCCUGGCGCGGAUGAUGGAUAGUAGCAAAGGUCGUGAUAAAGUGCUCAAAAUGUCUCCUCCUCCUAACACCCCUCCACCCCCUAUCCGACCUCUUGUCCCCCGCCCCAGUCUCGGCGCCCGGAUCUGGUUCCUGACAACCCUCAUCGGCCUAUACAAACUCCACACUCAAACCAUCCCCGCCCUCCCCCUCCCCCUCCCCCUCCCCCUCCCUCUCCCACCCGUGCCAAAAUCAAAAUCAGCACCCGCCGUUCCUGAAAGAUUGCUCUCCCCGCAAGACAUUGCAAACCAGAGGGAAGAGGAGAGGAAGAGGGAGAAAGAGCGGGGCGAUGCGAGGUGGACGGGGAGAAAGUUGGUGGCGGAUUUGUGUUUUGUUUGUGAGCUCCUUCCUCCUCCUCCUCCUCCUUCCUCCUCCUCCUCCUCCUCCUCCUCCGACGACGACGAUCUUUCCUCCAUCUUUUGCUGGUGGUUGGGAUUGGAGAAGGUAAAAGAAGAGGGGGCUGAUGGGUGA